AUUCUCUCAACUGAAGCCCACUCCCUUUCUCUCCCCCAGCACCUGCCCCCCCGUCUCUCUGUCCCACCGCUCUUUCGCCUCCUCUCUCGUCGACCGACCUUUGCAUGGCCGCAGUGGCUGGGUCCAAGGGGCGGAUCGCUGGGAACCUCUUCGCGCGCGUCCUCGCCGGCAAGGCCCCCUCCCCGAGGAGGGCGGUGCACGCCUCGGCCUACGACAAGAACCUGGACGACCAGGUGCGCCCGGCCUUCGUGCCGGACGAUGUGAUCGGCGGACCAAACACCCCGGACAAGUACUGGGGCCCGCACCCGACCACCGGCGUCUUCCGCCCGGCGGCGCUCGACGGCAAGUUCGUCCCCGGCGCGCCGCCGACCGCCACCGCGACUGCCUCGGGCUCGGUGCUGGACCAGAAGGUGUGGUACCGCCCGCUCGAGGACGUCGAGAAGCCACCACCCACCGCCUGAUCGCGCCACCAAGAACUCGAGCCUAGCUCUGCGACUCUAUCACUCUUCUAAGCUGGGCUCCUAAUUAUCUCUAGUGUGCUUGUGCUAUAGUACAGACAUGGCGUGCACCAGGACCUCUAGUAGUAAUGUGGUGUUGCUGCCUGGAAUAAGGUCGACCAGAACAUGUGUGAUGACGAUGACGAUGUACUGUCUUAAACCAGUAUAUUUCAGGUGUUUGGUAA